AUGGCUGCGGGGGCGGGCCCUGUGCACGGACCGCGCCGGACGUGCGUCAUCCCCGCCGCCGCCGGGAGAGGGACGGGAUCAGGGAAGAGGGUGCGGAGGCCCGCCCUCGCCAGAGAGCAUCGCGCCAGGCGGGUGAGUCGCGACACAGCGCCCGCACCGCGGCCCGGCCGCCCCCUCACGCCCCCCGCCCCUGCCGGCCGCGGCCCCGCCCCGCCCCGCGCCCCCAUUGGCCGGCGCGGUCACGUGAGCGGGGCCGCCCGGAGGGUCGGGGGCGCGCGGGGGCGGCCGGCGGCGACAGGCGGCGACAGCGGCGGCCCCGGCGGCGCGCCCGGCAUGGAGGGCCCGGAGCUGGGCAGAUACUACGCGUAUCUUCAGCAAGCUCAAGCGUUUUACUCGUUUCCGUUCCACCAGAUGAUGACUGCAGUGCCCAGCAUGGAAAUGAUGACUGAGCAGCCGACUCUAGAGGGCAUUCCAGAGCCAAACGUUGCUCAGGAGCCUCCGAAAGAAGUUAAAAAAGGGGGAAGGAAAAGAAAAGCCAAAGCAACUGAGCCAAAGCAACCCAAAAAGCCUGCUGCUAAAAAAGAAAAACCAGCCAAGUCAAAAGGCAAACAAGAAAAGAUCACAGAUACUUUUAAAGUCAAAAGAAAAGUGGACCGUUUUAAUGGUGUAUCUGAAGCUGAACUUCUGACCAAGACUUUGCCUGAUAUUUUGACCUUUGAUCUGGACAUCGUGAUAAUUGGCAUAAACCCUGGCCUGAUGGCAGCUUACAAAGGACAUCAUUACCCAGGACCUGGAAACCAUUUUUGGAAGUGUCUGUUCAUGUCUGGUCUAAGUAAUGAACAGCUGAACCACAUGGAUGACCACACCUUGCCACAUAAAUAUGGGAUUGGAUUUACAAACAUGGUUGAAAGGACAACACCUGGAAGCAAAGACCUCUCCAGCAAAGAAUUUCGGGAAGGAGGGCGAAUUCUGAUGCAGAAGCUACAGAAGUAUAAACCUCGUAUAGCAGCUUUUAAUGGAAAAUGUAUUUAUGAAAUUUUUAGUAAAGAAGUUUUUGGAAUUAGAGUUAAGAACUUGGAAUUUGGGCUGCAGCCACACAAAGUGCCAGAUACAGAAACUCUCUGCUACGUUAUGCCAUCAUCCAGUGCAAGAUGUGCUCAGUUUCCUCGAGCACAAGAUAAAGUUCAUUAUUACAUUAAGCUGAAAGACUUAAGGGAUCAACUGAAAGGCAUUGCACCCAACACGGAGGUCCAGGAGGUGCAGUACACGUUUGACUUGCAACUUGCACAAGAGGAUGCUAAAAAGAUGGCUGUCAAAGAAGAAAAGUAUGACCCAGGCUAUGAAGCAGCGUAUGGAGGAGCUUACUGUGACCGUGCACCGUAUGACCCUGAGCAGUGCAGCCUGUCUUCAAAUGGAGCUGCAGGGAGCAGCGCGCAGUUCUGCGAAGGGGCGUCCUUCGGCGGCGUUCCCAACGGACAGUGGGUGGCACAGCCCUUUGCAGAGCAGAUUCCAGGCUUCAGCACCAGCGUGACACCGGAGGAGGAGGGGAGCAGCGCGUAGGA